GUGACUCUCUCCGCCACUGGGGCAGCGGGAGCGCAGAGCCCCGGCCGGGCUCCCGGGCACCCCUCCCCCAGUCCCGGAGCUGCGACGGCCCCGGCAGCUCCAUGGCCCCUAGAAUUCUCUGAGGGUUUCCGUGGAGCGCCUGCGUCAGAAUCACCUGGGAAGUUUUUGAAAAGUACCGAAGCCGGGGCCCGGCCUCGCACCUGUGACUGCGCGCGGGCGCGGGCGGGGCCCCGGAGCGUGAAUUUCAGUCGCGCUGCCCAGGAGGACCCCGUUCUGGAGCGUUAUUUUAAGGGCCACAAAGCUGCGAUCACCUCCGUGGACUUUAGUCCCAACGGCAAGCAACUUGCUACUGGUUCUUGGGAUACAUUUCUCAUGCUAUGGAGUUUCAAGCCGCAAGCUAGAGCUUUCAGAUAUGUGGGUCACAAGGACGUUGUAACCAGCGUGCAGUUUUCUCCGCUUGGAAACUUAUUGGCAUCUGCUUCACGAGACAGGACUGUUAGACUCUGGAUUCCUGAUAAGAGAGGGAAAUCCUCUGAAUUUAAAGCUCACACGGCUCCAGUUAGAAGUGUGGACUUCUCUGCCGAUGGCCAGUUUCUUGCUACAGCUUCUGAGGACAAAUCCAUCAAAGUAUGGAACAUGUAUCGUCAGCGCUUCUUAUAUUCCUUGUACCGACACACACACUGGGUUCGCUGUGCCAAGUUUUCACCUGAUGGAAGACUAAUUGUAUCAUGUAGUGAAGAUAAAACUAUUAAAAUCUGGGAUACCACAAAUAAGCAGUGUGUUAAUAACUUCUCAGAUUUUGUAGGGUUUGCAAAUUUUGUGGAUUUUAACCCCAAUGGUACAUGCAUAGCUUCAGCAGGUUCUGAUCAUACCGUGAAAAUCUGGGAUAUAAGAGUGAACAAGUUACUCCAGCAUUACCAAGUUCACAGUGGUGGAGUUAAUUGUGUAUCAUUCCAUCCUUCGGGUAACUAUCUCAUCACUGCUUCUUCCGAUGGUACACUUAAGAUUCUGGACCUCUUAGAAGGAAGGCUCAUAUAUACACUUCAAGGACAUACGGGGCCUGUCUUCACCGUUUCAUUUUCAAAAAGUGGAGAGCUGUUUACAUCAGGAGGUGCAGAUGCACAGGUCUUAUUAUGGAGAACUAACUUUGAUGAAUUGAAUUGUAAAGAUGUUAUUAAAAGAAACCUUAAAAGAUUACACUUUGAUUCACCACCACAUCUUCUCGAUAUCUACCCAAGGACACCACAUCCCCAUGAGGGAAGAGUUGAAACUGUUGAAAUUAAUCCAAAGCUUGAUGUAAUCGAUUUGCAGACCUCUACUCCCCCUGUUGUGGACAUCCUUACUUUUGAUUCUACCACACCAACAGAAACCACUGUUAGAACUCUACCAGACAAGGGUGAAGACGUCUGCGGAUAUUUCUUGAACCCUUCUUUAAUGUCAUCAGAAUGUUCACCUUCAGCCUUGAAAAAGAAAACAGAAGACAUGAGCGACCUCCCUUCUGAGAGUCAAAGAAGCAUACCACUCGCUGUGACUGAUGCGUUAGAGCAUAUUAUGGAGCAGCUCAAUGUUUUGACACAGACUGUUUCAAUCUUGGAGCAGCGACUGACUUUGACAGAGGAUAAGCUGAAAGACUGCCUUGAAAAUCAGCAAAGACUUUUCAAUGCUAUCCAACAGAAAAGUUGAAAAGAAAAAUAUGAGCAGAGGCACAAGAAAUGAACACGUGUCCAUACACUCAGGAAGGCAGUACAAGAUGCUUCAUGCAACACAACCGUGUGCUAAUUAUCAUGGCAUUUCUUAAAAGGGUGAGCAACAGAACAAAAGGCAGAAAAGGCAUAAUUAAGGACUAAUUUAAACACACAAAUCAAUGUUGAGGACUAAUUCAAAUCAUUAGCGUUUAUGAUUGCAGUAAUAAAGUGAGACGCAUUCAA